CGGCACUGUCCCUGACCUUCCUGCACUACGUCAAAGGAAUCAUUCCCAUGCAAUUGCAGACCUCCAGAUGCGAGGAUGCCUGCAGUUAGCCAGGUGGCUGAGCGCAGCGCCGAAAUGCCCUGCUGCAAGCCUUCUCAAGCCGCCGAUCGGCCUGUCUAAUCCAGCCCGGUUUUUCACCUCUUCCGCCGCAUGGGCUUCGCGCUCCAGGGCACCCACCAGACAGCCCACCUCCGAUCUCGAAGCCAGAAUCGCCGACAUCCCCAUCGACCGAUAUCGCAAUUUUUGCAUCGUUGCACAUGUCGACCAUGGCAAAAGUACACUCUCCGACCGGCUGUUGGAACUCACCGGGACCAUCAAGCCGGGAAUGAACAAGCAGGUUUUGGACAAGCUCGAUGUCGAGCGUGAACGCGGUAUUACAGUCAAAGCACAAACAUGUACGAUGAUCUACAACCACAACGGCGAGGACUACCUGCUACAUCUCGUUGAUACGCCGGGGCACGUCGAUUUCCGUGCGGAGGUCUCGCGCAGUUAUGCCAGUUGUGGAGGAGCGCUGCUCUUGGUUGAUGCCAGCCAGGGUGUCCAGGCUCAAACGGUCGCCAACUUUUACCUCGCUUUCUCCCAGGGUCUGGAGCUGAUUCCGGUCAUCAACAAAGUGGACUUGCCGUCCGCCGACCCGGACCGCGCUCUUCAGCAGAUGGAACAUACCUUUGAACUCGACACGGACAGUGCUGUGCUGGUUUCGGCCAAGACGGGCCUGAACGUGCAACAAUUGCUCCCUACUGUGGUUGAGAAGAUCCCGGCUCCGAUUGGCGACUCCACGAAACCGUUGCGGAUGCUCCUCGUCGAUUCCUGGUACGAUUCUUACAAGGGUGUCAUCUGCUUGGUCCGCGUCUUCGAUGGCGAAGUUCGCGCAGGAGACCAGUUAGUGUCAUUUGCGACGGGAAUCAAAUACUUCGUGGGCGAAGUCGGCAUCAUGUACCCCAACGAGACGUCGCAGUCGGUCCUCCGUGCUGGUCAAGUUGGCUAUAUCUUCUUUAACCCGGGUAUGAAGCGAAGCAAGGAAGCCAAAAUCGGCGAUACCUAUACGAAAGUCGGGUUCGAGAAGGCUGUCGAGCCGCUUCCGGGCUUUGAGGAGCCCAAAGCGAUGGUUUUUGUGGCCGCUUAUCCAGUGGACGCUGAUCACUUUGAGCACCUGGAGGAUAGCAUCAACCAACUUUGCCUGAACGACAGAAGUAUCACGGUACAAAAGGAGUCGUCUCACGCCCUGGGCGCUGGUUUCCGGUUAGGUUUCUUGGGCACCCUGCAUUGCUCGGUCUUUGAGGACCGCCUGCGUCAGGAGCACGGUGCGAGCAUCAUCAUUACUCCCCCUUCCGUUCCUAUCAAGAUCAUUUGGAAAGACGGCAAGGAAGACAUUAUCUCCAACCCCGCCAAGUUUCCGGAAGAAGAAGAGGUCCGCUCCAAGGUCGCUGAGAUUCACGAGCCUUAUGUCGUGGCGACUUUGACCCUCCCUGACGAGUAUCUGGGAAAGGUCAUUGAACUCUGCGAGUCCCACCGCGGUGUGCAGAAGAGCCUCGAGUAUUUCACGUCUACUCAGGUCAUUCUCAAGUAUGAACUGCCUCUUGCCCAGUUGGUCGACGACUUUUUUGGGAAGCUCAAGGGAUCGACCAAAGGCUACGCCACCCUGGAUUACGAGGAGUCCGCCUGGCAACCGAGCAAUAUUGUCAAGUUGCAACUGUUGGUGAACAAGGCCCCGGUGGAUGCGGUCGCGCGGCUCGUCCAUUACAGCCAGGUCGAGCGAUUGGGCCGACAAUGGGUGACUAAGUUCAAGGAGCACGUUGACCGACAGCUCUUUGAGAUCAUCAUCCAAGCGGCGGUCGGCCGCAAGGUGGUGGCGCGUGAGACCAUCAAGCCGUAUCGGAAGGAUGUGCUGGCGAAGCUCCAUGCCAGUGAUGUCAGUCGGCGGAGGAAGCUGUUGGAGAAGCAGAAGGAGGGCCGGAAGAGACUCCGGGCGGUUGGAAACGUGUCACUGUCGCCUUGCCAUGAUCAUCAUUUGACCACGGCGAUGCAGCCUCCCGAAGGUGUGCAGGUCGACCUGGGCAAGGCCCAGGUCAUUGACCGCGUUCCUAAAGUUAUCAGCGAGUUGAAGUUUGGUGUUUUGUCCAACGAUGACAUUGUCAGCCAAGGUGUGGUGGAAGUUUCCGACCGGAAGUUCUUCGAUCUCGAUCAUGACCGAGCGGUGGUAGCCAACGGCCCUCUCGAUGCGCGCAUGGGUGUUUCGAACAAGACUUCAUCCUGUCAGACUUGUGGUGGCACUCUCCAGAUUUGCAAUGGGCACUUUGGUCAUGUCCGGCUGGUCUUACCGGCUUUCCACGUCGGUUAUUUCAAGCGGGUCAUCACCAUUCUGCAGGAAGUGUGCAAGGAAUGUUCGCGCAUUUUGCUCCCCGAAGCCGAUCGCCGCGCCUAUCUCCGCGAAAUGCGUCGUCCUGGAUUGGAUAAUUUGCGGCGGGGGCAGAUUGCGAAGCGGAUCAACGAGCGGUGCCGGAAGACCCGCAACUGUGAGGGCUGCGGUGCUGUGAACGGUGUGGUGAAGAAGGCUGGAACGAGCGCUCUCAAGAUUACCCACGACAAAUUCCGUGCGUUCAACGCCUCUACGUCAGUUAAGAAAGUCCCGCCGCCCAGCAAAAUCGUCUUCGACCGGUCCUUUGACGAAGCCCGGACGUCCAACGCGGAGGUGGAAAAACACUACAAGAAGGCUCAGGAUGAUAUGAAUGCUCUGCGCGUGUUGAAUCUGUUCAAGAAAAUCUCCGAUACGGAUUGUGAGCUGCUGGGUCUGAAUCCGAAGGAGGCCAGACCGGAGAUGUUCCUCUGGCAGUUCAUUCCCGCUCCCCCGGUGUGUAUUCGUCCUUCCGUCGGUCAGGAUGCGGCGUCCACCGAGGACGACUUGACCGCCAAGCUGGGAGACAUUGUCCAGAGCAACAUCAACCUGAAGAACGCCCUGCUCAAGGGUGCCCCGGUGCAGACCAUCAUGGAAUGCUGGGACUACAUGCAAUUGCAGAUUGCUGUGUACAUUAAUAGCGAUGUUCCGGGUCUCAACAAGGCCGACUUGGGGAAGCCCAUUCGAGGUUUCGUGCAGCGGUUGAAGGGUAAGCAGGGUCGAUUCCGCGGUAACUUGUCCGGAAAGCGUGUGGAUUUCUCCGGUCGUACUGUCAUUUCCCCCGACCCUAACCUGCGGGUCGAUGAGGUCGCGGUCCCCGAACUGGUGGCCAAGAACAUGACCUAUCCCGAGGUUGUUACGCGGUAUAAUAAGGAGAAGCUACAGCAGAGAGUGCGGAACGGCACGAAGAAGUGGCCGGGUGCAAACUACAUCAUGAAGAAGGGCCAGACCUUCAAGCUCUUCCUUAAGUAUGGUAACCUGAACAUGAUUGCCGACCAAUUGCAGGAGGGUGAUGUGAUUGAACGUCAUAUCGAGGACGGUGAUAUUGUUCUUUUCAACCGUCAGCCUUCGCUGCACAAGCUCAGUAUUCUGUCCCAUUUUGCCAAAGUCCGCCCCCACCGGACCUUCCGGUUGAACGAGUGUGUCUGUAACCCCUACAACGCCGAUUUCGACGGCGAUGAAAUGAACCUGCACGUGCCCCAGACGGAGGAGGCCAGGGCCGAGGCCAUGGAACUGAUGGGCGUCAAGAACAACUUGGCGACGCCCAAGAACGGAGAACCCAUUAUUUCCGCCAUUCAGGAUUUCAUCAGUGCCGCCUAUGUUCUGAGCAGCAAGGAUAACUUCUUCGAUCGUCGCUCGUUCACGCAGAUCUGUCUGUACAUGCUCGGCCCGCAGACCCGCUUCGAUCUCCCCCCGCCGGCCGUGCUCAAGCCGCAGAUGCUGUGGACCGGAAAGCAGGUCUUCAACAUCCUCAUGCGCCCGAACAAGAGCGACCCUGUCCUUGUCAACUUGGACGCGGCGUGCCGAGAGUUCAAGGCCCCCAAGGAUGGCCGGCCCCGAGACCUGGACCCGAAGGAUGCCUGGCUCGUCAUCCGAAACUCCGAAGUCAUGUGUGGUGUCAUGGACAAGUCCACCAUCGGUUCGGGAAAGAAAGACAAUGUGUUCUACAUUAUGCUGAGAGAUUACGGGCCCGUGGCGGCGGCCGAGGGUAUGAACCGCCUGUCCCGGUUGUCGGCCCGUUGGUUCACCAACAUGGGAUUCUCGAUUGGUAUCACCGAUGUUUAUCCCAGUGAGAAGCUUCUUCGUUCAAAGCACAAUCUGGUCGAAACGGCCUAUGCACAGUGUGACGAAGUCAUUGCCAAGUACAAGGCCGGCACCCUGGAGAAGUAUCCGGGUUGUGACGAGCUGCAGACAAUGGAGAACCAGCUGUCUGGUAUUCUCAGUAAGGUCCGUCAGCAGGCCGGUGACGAGUGUAUCGCCCAGCUGAGCAAGUACAACUCGCCCCUGAUCAUGGCCACGUCCGGAUCCAAGGGUUCGAGUAUCAACGUGUCGCAGAUGGUUGCCCUCGUCGGACAGCAGAUUAUCGGCGGUCAGCGUGUGCAGGACGGGUUCCAGGACCGUACCCUGCCUCACUUCCCCAAAAACGCGCGGCAGCCCCCAUCCAAGGGUUUCGUGCGCAACAGUUUCUUCUCCGGCCUCGAGCCGACGGAAUUCAUCUUCCACGCCAUGUCCGGUCGUGAAGGUCUGGUCGAUACGGCCGUCAAGACGGCCGAGACGGGUUACAUGUCGCGUCGUUUGAUGAAGUCUCUGGAGGAUCUCUCCACCCGAUACGACGACACGGUGCGCAACUCGUCAGCAGCGAUUGUGCAGUUCCAGUACGGUGAUGACAAGCUGGAUCCCUUGGAUAUGGAGGGUAAAGCCAAGCCGGUGCAUUUCGACCGGACCUUCAUUCACUCCGAGUCGACCACGUACAAGAAUGACGAACGGAGUUUGCUUCCGGGCGAGAUCAUGGACAUUUGCGAAGAGAUGCUGUCGAAGGAGCGCGCCAAGUUGGUGCGCAAGGAUCUGAUGGGCAACGAGCUCGGCUAUAUGGAUCGGUCCGACCAUGGAAUCGACCAGUUCGAGAGUGCGCGCGACUUCCUCGAGUCCAUCCAGCAAUACGUGGCCACGAAGGCGGACAAGCUGAUUUCCCGCGGUGGUGACAACAACGCCAAUGACGAGAGAAGUCAGCAGGGACUGAACCACACGGGCAAGUUGACCGAGCGGACGCUCCGCGCUUUCAUCUCGGCAUGCUUGUUGAAGUACAAGAAGGCGCAGGUCGAGGCUGGCCAUGCAGUGGGUGCCGUCGGUGCGCAGUCCAUCGGUGAACCGGGUACUCAGAUGACGUUGAAGACUUUCCACUUUGCUGGUGUCGCCGGUAUGAGUAUCACGCAGGGUGUGCCCCGUAUUAAGGAAAUUAUCAACGCGUCCAAGGAGAUCAGUACGCCUGUCGUGGCUUGCGAGCUAGUCACCAAGGACAACAUCAUCGCAGCGCGGAUCGUCAAGGGACGUAUCGAGAAGACGUACCUGCGGGACAUCAUCCACUAUGUGCGGGAGACGUGGACGGGCAAGGAGGCGUACAUCACGGUCAAGAUCAACUGGAAGACGAUCCAGGACCUGGCGCUCGAGCUGAAGAUCGAGAACAUCUUGGCGGCGAUCAAGAACCACAAACGGUUCAAGGCGGACGACCUGAAGUUCCGGUGCUCGCGGUCGCACAUCCAUGUGUACAUGGACGUGGACCCAUCGACCAAGGCCAACCUCUCCAAGACGGAGAUUGCGUCGACCAGCGCGGAUCCCUUCCUCCGGUUGAAGCACCUGAAGCGCAUGCUGCCGGACAUCCAAGUGCUGGGUCACCCGCAGGCGUUCCGGGCGAUUAUCCGGACAGACGAGACGUCGACGACCAACACGCUGCUGGUGGAAGGCUACGGGCUGCGGGAGUGUAUGACGACGCUGGGUGUGGAUGGGCUGCGCACGUCGACCAACAACGUGAUGGAGAUGCGCGAUGUGCUGGGUAUCGAGGCGGCGCGGACGACCAUUGUGCAGGAAAUCAGCGAGGUCAUGAAGGACAUGGACAUCGAUCCGCGUCACAUGCAGCUCCUGGCGGAUGUCAUGACAUACAAGGGUGAAGUGCUGGGUAUCACGCGAUUCGGUCUGGCGAAGAUGCGCGACUCGGUGCUGCAGCUGGCGUCGUUCGAGAAGACGGCGGACCAUCUGUUCGAUGCGGGUGGUGCGGGACGCAGCGAUCUGAUCGAGGGUGUGUCCGAAUGUAUCAUUAUGGGCAAGACGGUGUCGCUGGGAACGGGCGCGAUGGAGGUGGUGCGCAAGAUGAAUUUCUUCGAGGGGCAGAUUGGGGCGCGCAAGACGACGUUUGAGGAUACUUGGACGGAGGUAUACGAGGCGCCGUUGGAGCGGGCCAAAGCCCGGCGCAAGCGGGUGUAGGUUAGGUGUACAUGGAUACAAAAGGGUAAAAGCAUACCAGGCGUUUUCUUUGUUAGCGAGCUGUGAUGCAGCAAUACAUUUCACUAUCAAUUGAC